AUACAUUUUUGCAAUAUCACGUAUAUAUAGCAAACAAUAAUUAUAGACAUGCACGAAACUAUAGUGAAUUAAAUAAAAGAGAGAGAGAGAGAGAGGGGAAAGGAAAAUGUUGUGCAAUGAUUAAAGCAAGCUAUAUAUCCUCUUCGUUAUUUCAAUCUUUCGUCAGUUGCGCACAAGCCGUGUCGUGCUUGUGUUUAUUAUAUGUGUAUAUAUAUAUAUACAUAUAUUGCAUAUAUAUAUUGAUACAGUGAACUUUUACUGAUAUAAUAUCAAAGCAGUUAAAUCUUAAUUGGAAACAUACAGUAGUAACAGUUAUUCGUAUAAAAAAUUAACGAUGGCAACUGUACAAGAUCCAUAUUUGAGACAUCUUUUCGAUGGUGAUCCAAUAUUCAACGUUUACAAUAAAGAAGCAAUUAAUAUGUCAGUCGGUGCCCCUGGUCCUGACCUGCUUAAGAAAUGCACAAACAUGCUAUCCAAUGCAACUGUUCAUAGAAUGGAAGAAGAAGAAAAGGAAGGUAAUUUUUAUCUUUUUCAAUAUGGAAUAACAUCAGGAUUAUGGGAAUGUCGUGAAGAGUUAGCCAAAUUUUUAAACAGACAAUAUGGUGAUCCAGUUCAAAGAGAAAAUUUAAUUUUAACUUGUGGAGCAACACAUGGUCUUCAACUUUUACUAACAAGUAUUAUGUCACCAAAUGGUAUUAUAUUCGUCGAAGAAGUCACAUAUAUGAUAGCAUUAGAUUCAUUCAAACAAUUUCCAUUAAUGAAAAUUAUAACUGUGCCGAUGAAAGAUGAUGUAGUAGAUCUGGAUGCAUUUGAAAAAAUUAUUUCUAAAGUAAAGAAAAAUGAAUAUUAUUUAGAUAAUGCAAAAAUAUUCUGGGCUAUGUUUUACACCAUACCAACUUAUCAUAAUCCAACAGGAAUGGUUCUACCACCUGAAAGUUGCAAACGUUUAGUUGAAAUAGCUCGAAAUAAUUCUAUGCUAAUUGUUGCCGAGGAUGUUUAUAAUUUAUUACAUUACGAAGACGGAUUUCCACCACAUCGAUUAUUUUUCUACGAUAAUCCAGAAGAUCCUAACUAUAAAGGUGGUAACGUUUUAUCAAAUGGAUCAUUUUCUAAAAUACUAUCACCAGCAAUCCGAUUUGGAUGGAUAGAAGGCAGUCCACGAAUGGUUCAUAUCUUUAAAACUUCAGGUAUAUUGUGUAGCGGUGGAGCAACCAAUCACUAUAUCUCAGGUUUAAUAACAAGUUUAUUACAAAAAAAGAUUGAAGAUGAAUACCUAAACCUUCUUGUUAAAACAUAUAAGGAAAGAUUAAAUGCACUUUGUGAAACUUUGGAUCGUUAUCUCCCAAAUUGUUGUUCCUAUCGUCGACCACAAGGAGGCUACUUCGUUUGGAUUCAUCUUCCACAAAAUGUCGAUGGUACGGAUUUCAUUACCUGGUGUCAAAAGGAAUAUAAAGUCUCAGCAAUACCAGGUGUACGGUUUUCAUAUAAUGGUACAGUUAAGAACUUUUUAAGACUUAGCAUUGCUUUUCAUCCGAAAGAAACAUUAAUAAAAGGUUCAACGAUUUUGUGCAAAGCACUUUUGCAUUACGUAAGAAAUAACAUCAAUAAUGAUAACACUAACAAUAAAACAACAAAUUUAUAAAAGAAAUGUUAUCUUAUUUACUAGAUAAAAAUUCAUAAUAUAA